AUGGAGGCCCGUCUUGCGCGGCUGCCCCAAAUGCUGCUUCUGCUGGGGGCGGCUGCCCUGGCGGCAUCUGCUUUGGAGACAGCCGACCUGGUGGACCUCUGCGGGCAGACGUGGCAGGGGGCCGGGCUGCUGCUGCGCUCGCACGCCGCCUCGCGCAGGUUCUAUUUCGCGACCCCGGACACCGACUGCGGGCUCUGGAUGCGGGCGGCGGCCGCCGGCGACAGGAUCCGCUUCCAGUUCCGCUUCUUCCUGGUCUACAGUCUGGCCGCGGCGGCCCGGACGCCCUCAGGGUCCCCGGCGCCCAACGCCUCCUCCCCGGAGCCCGCCGACCCGUGCGCCCCCGGGUCCUACCUGCAGUUCUACGAGGGCCCGCCGGGGGCGCCGCGGCCCCUGGGGGCCCCUCUCUGCGGCCUCACCAUCCCCGCCCCGGUGGCGUCCUCCGGGCCCUUCCUGGGCCUCCGCCUGCUCACGAGAGGCCGCCAGCCCCGCGUGGACUUCGUGGGCGAGGCCACCUCUUUCCGGCUGGGAGCCUGUGGUGCCUACUUCCGCUGUCAGAAUGGCAGGUGCAUCCCCCCGAGCCUGGUGUGCGAUCGCUGGGGUGUGGACAACUGCGGUGAUGGUAGUGACCUGGCUUCCUGGCCACCAGCAGACUGCAGAGGUCCCUCUCUGGUGCCCAGCCAGGCAGGGAGUACAGAUGGCCCUGCAUCCAAGCCCCUGACGCGCUCCCCGGCUCUCAGGUCUGCAGAAACCCUCCAGAUGGCUGCCCAGAAGACCCUCCUCGCAGGCCGGGCCCCUGAACAGCAGGAUGCAGCAGCUCCUCUGGGAGGUCCCCUGCUCCGAGGUGUGGCGCUGGUCUCCUCGCUGGUCUUAGCCUCUGCUGGCCUCCUCGUGGGCUCCGUCUGGUGCUGCUGCUCGUCCCGCUGGCUGGCCUGGCAGGCUAGUGCCCGCUGCCUCUGCCCCAGCUGCACCACCUGUUACGCGUGUCCUGGCCGGGUGGCUCCUGGGGGGCUGCAGCCCAGUGGGCCGGCCUUCCAGGGUCAGGGGGGACAUCCCUAG